CUAGAUCUCGAAACUACUUUUAUAAUUAGUAUAUAUAUAUAUAUAUGUGGUAAUAAGAGUGCCCUGGCCGGCCUUUACGAUAUGCCGCCGCAGCCAAAACCCGAAGGUCACGACGUGUUCAUAAGCUUCCGGGGCUCCGACGUCCGGCACACGUUCGUGUCUCGCCUCCGCGCCGCGCUCCGCCGAGAAGGCGUCACGUCGUUCGCCGAUCACGACAUGCCACGUGGCCAGAAUUUGACGGAAGCGAUCCCACGUGCGAUCCAGCGGUCGAGGGUCUCGGUGGUCGUUCUGUCCCGGAACUUCGCCUCGUCGGAAUGGUGCAUGGACGAGCUCGUCACCAUUAUGAGGUGUUGCAGCCGCGGCGGCCACGUGGCUAUCCCGAUCUUCUACCAUCUGUCACCGGAGGAGGUCUCCGGCUGCUACAAGGAGGACUUGGAUCGGCACAAGCGUAGUUUUACUUACGAGAGAGUCGACGGCUGGAUUCGGGCGUUUGCUUGGGUCGCCGGUAUAGCCGGUUGGGUCGUUCCGGCGCCAGUUAGUGAAUUAAGCUAAUAACAUGGUCUUCACCUGUAAUUAAUCGCAUGUUUGUUAGUUGGUUAGUUGUUAAUUAUUGUUAGUUAGCCUUCUUGUAUAGUGAAUAGACAGAUAAGUUAUAUACGUUUUCAUCUUACUUUUCACCCUUGUACAAACUAUAUAGUUGUUUCUUUGUUGAUGGAAAAGAGCUAAGAUACUAAUAUAUUUUUUUUUUUGAUAGUAUGUACUAACACUCAGUGGCGGCGUAGGCAUGAUUUCGUCUAAAGUACGUCCAAUCAAUGCAGUCAAAAGCGCGAUUCUACCUAGAAACGGAAAAGGGAUAAAAUCGUAAAGCGUAG